AAGCAAAACCUCUUUAUAAAUUCCACCCAGCAAUGACAUUCUGCUCAUCAAUCAAAACCAAUCACAAGCAAAGCAAGCUUUAAGUUUUACUCACUGCCAAGCAAUUUGUCAAUUCUGUUUGCAAAUCCAAUUUUUGAAUAAACCCCUUUUCUCAUCAGUUCUCAAUUUUCUCUGCUAGAAAACCAAAAAUGUCGAUCAUCCCAAGUUUCUUUAGCAACCAAAGGAGCAAUGUUUUUGAUCCAUUUUCUCUUGAUAUCUGGGAUCCUUUCCAAGGCUUUCCUUUCUCUACCGGAGCUCUAACCGGACAGCAAGCUGGUGGUGUUUCUGAUGCUGCAAGAGAGACAUCGCAAUUAGCAAACACAAGGAUCGAUUGGAAAGAAACCCCAGAAGCUCAUGUCUUCAGAGCUGAUCUUCCCGGUGUUAAAAAGGAAGAAGUCAAAGUUGAAGUAGAAGAAGGGAGAGUGCUGCAGAUAAGUGGAGAAAGGAGUAGAGAAAGUGAAGAGAAGAACGAUAAGUGGCAUAGAGUUGAACGUAGCAGCGGAAAGUUUUUGAGGAGGUUCAGAUUGCCCGAGAAUGCCAAAAUGGAGGAAGUGAAAGCUACUAUGGAGAAUGGAGUUCUUACUGUCUGUGUUCCUAAAGUUGAGCAGAAGAAGCCUGAAGUAAAGUCUAUUGAGAUUUCCGGUACUUCGGCUGCCUGAAGAAGCUUAUCACGAUCAGAAAUGUAUGAAAUGCCUAUGUUGCCUUUGUUAGUAUUAUGUUACUACUGUCUGUUACUAGUAUGAGUUACAUUGUGAGUUGUGUAAAAGUGGCCAAGCGCAUGCUAUGUACUAGAUGUAUUGUUGUUAAUAAAAUGAAGGUUUGGUUCA